CCCACGCACACACCACGCUCACAUUAUCUCGGGCGGCCACCCUGGUGAGCACGCAGCCUCGCGUGUACGUGACAUUGCUCCUGUCCUUCCGCCCCAGGUUGUGCCCUCCCGUGUGGGAUCCCACCUCAAGCAGGGCCCGAGCGAGGAGCCGGGGGAUGAAACCUUUGCUGGCCUGGCUCCUGUGCCUGCUCCUGCUGGGCCUGGCCCUGAAGGGGGCUGCCAGCCAAGCCCACCAGCAUUCCAUGGAGAUCCGCACCCCUGACAUCAAUCCUGCCUGGUACACGGGCCGCAGAAUCAGGCCCGUGGGCCGCUUCGGCCGGAGGAGAGCAGCCCUGGGGGACGUGGCGAAGCCGAGAUUCUGGCGCCAGCCGGCCUGCUUCCCCCUGCGAGGAGGCACCCAGCCCGCCCAGGAUGGGUGA